UCUUGUUUUUUUCCCUAUGCAACUACAUUCAAUAUGAGAGAGAGAGCGAGAGGCCAUGCAUUCACUUCAUCCGAGCAAGCUGACUUUAUAGGGAGACCUAAGAGUAAAUGAUCCUUGCUGUCUUCUUCUGACUUUUCCAUCUCUCACUGUUUUCUCAGCUCUACUCUCCCAUGGCUAUCCUUCUUUAAGGUCAGCGUAGGCUAACGAGAGACCCUUUCCCAAGGGUCACUUGUGUAUUUAUAACACAGGAAACAACCCCUUUUAUUAAGGCCUUUUGUCUCUGCUCAACAAAGAAGAAAGAAGAGAUACAAACAAGGAAAAGAGAAAUCUUUCUUGAUCUAUAUCUACAUAUUAUUUCUCCUCCGUUUAAUCAGCGCAAAUAGAGGAAAAAAGGUGCUAUGGGAAGGCCUCCUUGUUGCGAAAAGGAAGGGGUUAAGAAAGGUCCAUGGACACCUGAAGAAGAUAUCAUCCUUGUCUCUUACAUACAAGAGCAUGGCCCUGGAAAUUGGAGGGCUGUUCCUACAAAUACUGGUUUGAUGAGAUGCAGCAAGAGCUGCAGGCUGAGAUGGACCAACUAUCUCAGGCCAGGAAUCAAGCGUGGUAACUUCACAGAUCAGGAGGAGAAGCUCAUAAUUCAUCUUCAAGCACUCCUUGGAAACAGAUGGGCAGCCAUAGCCUCUUACCUUCCAGAGAGAACAGAUAAUGAUAUCAAGAACUAUUGGAACACUCAUCUAAAGAAAAAGCUGAAGAAGCUUCAGUACUCCGGCGAGGAUGGAGGUCGAACAAUCAACCAGAUCUCGAACAACCAUCAUCAAUCCGUCUCCAAAGGGCAAUGGGAAAGGAGGCUUCAAACGGACAUCCACAUGGCGAAACAAGCUCUCUCCGAGGCCUUAUCCCUCGACACAAUGAAUCUCGAAUCGCCAUCACCGCCGACGUUCGUCGGUCCGACCAACACCUGCACCUAUGCUUCGAGCACCGAGAACAUCUCUAGGUUACUUGAGAAUUGGAUGAAGAGCACCCCGAAAUCAAGAAGUAGGGCUAGCUUGGGUUCGAUGAGCAAUGUGUGCUCCGAGACGACUACCAUGGAGUCGACAACACCGGCGCCAAUGGGGAAAGUAAUGAUGGGAUCAAAUCAUGAAUUAGGUUUUCGAUCGGUGAAGAUUGAGUCGUUGGGGAGAUCAGUGUUGCAGGAGGAGAGCAAAGAGAGCUCGGCCGUUGCACCGCCGCUCUCUUUCAUCGAGAACUGGCUUUUCGACGAUUUAAGCGUCGGGAAUGGAGGCGAUGAUCAUCAGGAUUUAGUGGAUUUGCCGCUAAGUGACGCUUCUGAGUUGUUCCAGGAUUGAUCAUCAUAGAUAAGAAGAUCGAAGGAGUACGUACUUGCAGCAGGAUUAAACCCGCUUCCAUCCGCUUUUCCUUAAGUGAUUAAUUAAGGCGUCAUGAUACAAUAAUGGAGCGGAUGGCCGCAAGUUUAAUCUAGCUAUAUGAAGAAGAUCUGAGAAGCAUUAUCCCUUAGAUUUUUCUUCCUUAGCUCAUAGAGUUCAGAUGAAAAUGAGAAGAAAAAUAUUAAUUUAUCGUUAGAAGAGCAAAGAGGAUCGAAGGAAUGAGACUCUUUGUUCCCUAGCUACUACUUCUGCAAAUUAAUUAGUAUGCAAUGAUCGAUGAGGCUUAGCUCGUGAUUAUUAAUUAAUUGUACUUAAUUAGUUUAUCUUCUUCAUCUUUUAAUUCCUAAUUAUCAAUGCUACCAAAACUGUAAAUUACAAAUUAGAUCGCUUAAUUACUAUCAUGCAGGAAUCGAAGAGAUUUGUAUUUCAUCAAUGUAAUUCAGUCUCGUCUCUUGUGAACACAAAGCCUCUUAAUUUACAUGUUCUUAUUUACUUGAAUUA